CGGAGCCGCGCUCCGCCCGCAGCGGCGGCACCGGCACCGGCUCCGGCGGCUCCGGCGGGAGGGCGGGCGCGCUGCUGCGGGGGGCGGCCCCGCGGCGCGGAGGAUGCGGCGCGGCGAGGGGGCAGCGCUCCCGCGGAGCUGCCUGAGCAGGCGGCCGGCCGCGGCGGGGCCGACGGGGCGCCCGGCGCUCGGCCCAGCCCCGCCGCCCGUCCGCCCGGGGCCGUGAGCGGCGGCGGGGCGGCGAUGCUCGCUCGGGCUGCAAAGUUUCUUCCCCAGGGCGGCUCGCCCGCUUCUCGCCCGGACUUCUCCCCGGCGCUCCCCGGAGCUGGAGUGGCCGUGGGGGGCAGUGCGCUGGUAGCCAGCCAUGAUUGCCACUGGAGGCCUCCUGAGGAUCUCGGCCAGGAAACAGGACCCUUUGAAACCCCAGAGCCAACUCCCCAAACGCAAACGCAAGGCCAAAAGGAAGCGCAAGAAUGACGUGGUGGUGGUGAAAGGCAAGCUCAAGCUGUGCUCCCUCUCGGGGUUCAUCGCCCUGUGUGGCAUCCUGGUGCUGCUGGUGGGCAUCGCCUUGGCUGUGGUGGGCUACUGGCCAAAGCCCAGCCAGGUGUACAGGGAAAGCAGCUUUGGCAAGGGCCGGCACCCGGCGCCACAAGGUGGCACCCAGCCGAGCCGCUCCCAGAGCCAGGAAAGGGCGCGAGCAGGGAUCCGCCUGGAGUCAGCCCCUGGAGCCAACACCUCUGUCCCCGCUGCCAGCGCUGGCUCUGCUCCUACUUCCUCCUCCCCGCAGGCCUCGGCGGGCUUCCUUUUCCGCCUUUUCUCCAGCUACUUGCAUUCGGACAAGCUGAAGGUGCUGGGCCCUCUGAUCAUGGGGAUCGGCAUCUUCCUCUUCAUCUGCGCCAACGCGGUGCUGCACGAGAACCGCGACAAGAAGACCAAGAUCAUCAACCUGCGUGACCUCUACUCCACCGUCAUUGACGCCCACAGCCUGCGGGCCAAGGACGGAGGCACCCCGGCCUCGGCCCCUCUCAAUGGCUUCGUCACCUACAUGCACUCCCGGGGCCUGGAGCUGAAGCCUGGUGGGGAAGGCCUGGGUGCUGCAGCCAUGCUGGCCAAGAGCUCCUGGCCGCCAGGGCUGGGUGUGUCCCUCUCCCCGCCGGAUCUGGUGUCCUCACCGCGGCGCUCCUCCUUGCGCAGCGCCCCGCAGCCGCCCGGCCUGGCUGAGGCCGUGUACAGCAUCUGCCGGGAGCGGGGCGCCCUGGCGGCGCAGCCCAGCCCGCCGGGCAGCGCGGCCAGCUCCAUCGUCGGCUCCUCGCUCAGCACCUUCACCCUCCUGCCCCUGGGGCCCAGCAGCGCAGGGUGGGGCUGGCAGAGAGCGCCUGGGGAGCGGAGAGCCCAGGAGAUCCCGCGGGGGGAGUUUGAACUGAGCCUAACCGACCUCAGCAGCAGCCGCCUCCAGGGAGGCUGCGGGACAAGCAGGCACAAGCUGGUUCUCAGGCGGCAGAGCACCAGCUGCUUGCCUGAUGCCAGGUGUCCCCUUUCCCCUGAGCCACCUCGGUCACCAGCUGUCAGGAGGGUCCUGGAAUCCAGCCUCUUGGUAAAGGCAUCUCCUAGCUACUCUAAAUCUCUAGAUGUGGGGGGAUCACCCCCUUCAGCUCCUCCUGCCAUCACCAGGACGGACUCCCAGAGCUCCCAGUCUGAGCCUUCCAGCAGCAAUAAGGGCUACAGCCACUUGGAGGAGGCAGGCACCUCCUUGGAGUCAGUUGCCAACACCGCAGCCAGUAAAAUUCAGGACUGUGAGGAGGAACCAGUUGAGCAGACGGACCCCCUCAAGGCUACCAGCAGAGAACAAACAGGGGAGCAAUCCCAGCAAACUCAAAGACAGUACACAAAUAAAGAGAAACUCUUUAUGAUUUCUAGGUCACAUGCUGCAUUAGGGCUGGAGGAUGGGGAGCUGGAGAGUACGGGCAUCUAAAUAAAACAGAGAUGGCAAGAGGACACCUUGCAUCCCUCCACACCUUCCCUGCUUCUUCAUCUCUUGUGGACUUAGGAAACCAAUCAAUAUCCAAAGAGCUGCACUAUGUUACCCUUGAAAAUUGAAUUCCAUAGAUCCUGUAGAUGACUUCAGGAAGAAAAAAGAAAAUCCUUUCUGUCUAAUCGUGAUUGUAUGUUUCAUGCAAGCCAAAUUGUAUUAAAUAUCCACAGUCCAGCAAGUUCUCUGGAUCAGAUAAUACAAUUUUGGAUGGUAUAGCUGUGCACUUUACUGUUUGAUUUUUAAGUGCCCCUUCUUCUCCUCUGAUUUCUUUCUUGCUGAUUUGCCACUAACUGCUUGAAGGCUGCAGGCACCUUUUUAAGCUCAAAAACAACGUGGUCUUUGGAAAGAAAGCUGAGCUCUCUCUUUGUUUUGGUUCAAUUACUAAAACGUUUGCAAGGCCUUAAGGAUGACGUACCUUGACAAAGAACGAGUUUGUUUAAAUUCUGGGAGAAAAAUGACAGUUUAGAAGAGACUGGAGCAGAACAGAGCUCUGACGAUUUAGUUAAAACCAUUACAUUCCUGAAUCCAAAAUACAUAUUACUACAUGAUACUUUAUCAAAGUAUUAUUACACAUGUAUUGACUAAUAGCAUUAAAAGAUGUUUUUUAAUAAAAU